AUGCCUAAAUCAAUUGGAGAGAUACUAAGUUUAAAUCAAACCAGAACAUCUGCAGAACACGAGAGGACUUUGUCGCAUAUGAUAACACAUUCUGCUAUACCCCUGCAGGAGAAAAACAAGUUACAAUUGGAAACCACUGAUAAAAGACGAAAAUUACACCACGGAGAUGCCAUUUCAAACAUAGAGGGUUUUUCAUCAUUUGUUGAAGAGGAUCAUGAUAACCGUGGCGGUGAUGGUUUAGCUGCUACCAAUGAUACCAAUGAUACUAUUCAACAGCGACUAAGCAUGUCAAAAUCUGUUUUAUUCAAUGUAAUGGACAGAAUCAUAAAUGACGAACCUUUGGGUCACUCAUUGGUGUAUCUUUACCGAUUGGCAGAAAGUGUUUGCAAAUACAAGCAUUCGGAGAUGAAGGAGCUUAGCGACAUUCUUAUUGAAAAAUUGGAAAGAAAGUUUAAUGAUUUAACUUUUUUAAAUGACGACAGAGACAAAGUUGACUUUAAUGAUGAUGAUGAAGAUGAUGAUCAAGUAAUCAUGAAGUGUCAAAAUUUUAUCAAUAAAUGGAAGGUAUGGCAAACUUGUUUCACCAAAAUGGCGCACUUUUUUUAUUACCUUGAUACGUAUUACUUAAUGCCACAUCAUUUUCGAACACCAAUAGCCAAGUAUGCAACUAACAAAUUUGCAAAUUUCUAUUUUCCCUUUUCUAGCACACCCGACUCUCUGUAUUCAAUGAAACAAACCUACUUGGCCUUAGUUAAGAUUGUUUACAAAAAAAGUGUUUAUUUUAGAGAGUUGACUGAUGAAAGCGAAGGCUAUGGCGAUGACAAUGGUAAUGGCAAUAGCGAUGGCAAGGGUGAUGUUCUAAAGCUAUAUCAUGAGUUUACCCUACUUUAUCAAGAUCUCACACAGUUUUUAAAUAUUGCGCUGGAUGAUUCAACAUUGAAUAAAGUUGAUUUGGCCGUGAUACAAAAAAUUGAAGAGACGAUUUCUUUGACGCACAUUAUUGAAGAUCUUGAUACAAAGGACAAAAUCGAGAAUGAUCAACUUAAUGCACCAGAUAAUGCAUUAAAGGUGGCAAAAGUGUUUAAAUUUUUGAAGAAAGAAGCACUGUUUUAUAAUCGCUGCAGUAAAAGUAAAUUAUUUAUCCAAAAACUAAUUUCGCAAUUGUCAUUCAAGCUCAUUUUUGGAGGUGAGUGGGAAGAGCUCGUUGAUCGUGAAUUUGACUUGCUUAUUGAGUCGCCGGAAGAAGUGCGUAUGUUGAUCAAUUAUUGUCGUGAAGUUUAUCAUACUCAUGGUUUGAUGGGAAUUUCUCGAUUUGCUUAUUCAUGGCUGCUAUAUUGUAAGAAAACGUUGGAUGUGUGUAUUAAUGAUUACAGAAAGGGAGUAGUCAAUAUUGAUGAAUGGCCCAGCUUUAUUUUAUAUGGCAAGCGAAUUUUGGACAAGCUAGAGCAACAAUGUGCUUUUAAUUUCCAAACUGAUGCAGAGUUUCGUGAAAAACUCAAUGUUUCAUUUGCCAACUUUGUUAAUGACGAAGCAAAUAAUAUAUUUAUCAUCCAGCUGAUGAACAAAUUCUGUGAUACAUAUUUCAAAUCGAAUUUCAAAUCUUAUCCGCAGAUGAAAUACACAUUAUCAUUCGAAAAAGCAAGACACCUUGUUAUGAUAUAUUUUAAAGCUUUGAAAAAUAAAGUUGAUUUCUUGAGCGUAUACAGACGAGAAGCUUCCAGGCGUUUGCUUCUAAAGAAGUCAUUGAACGUCAAUGAGGAAGAGACUUUGGUUGUUGAACUUGUUGGAGAAGUAGUGGAGAGCGAAGCAUCAAUAGCCCUUUUGUCUAUGUUUGAAGAUUUGUCAGUCUCUAAAUCUUUAGGUUUAGAAUUUAGCCAGCAACAGAUAAAUGGCAUCGAAUUCGAGGCACUUGUUCUAGAUAGGAAAGUAUGGCCAGAUGUAUCAAACGUUGACUACCAGAAUAUAAAGAUACCAAAGGAAAUGGAACAAUUGCUAUUGAGUUUUGACGAUUUUUACCAUGGUAAAGAACGAAAACUAAAGAAUAGAAAUCUUGACUGGAGCAGUAAUUACAGGUUCCAUAAAGUGACCAUCAGCGGUAACUUUUCGAGUGGUGAAGUGUCAAUCACUGCAAACAUGUUACAGGCGGUGUUAAUUAUGUUGUUUAAUGAGCAGUCCCUGUACACCUUGGAGCAACUCGGUGCUAAAUCUGGAAUGAACUUGUCAUUAUUGCAAGCAGUUCUCAAUACAAUGAAUCUGGGCAAAUCGAAAAUUGUCACUCAGAAAGGUGAGAAGGUUUUGUACAACUUGCAAUACAAGGGGCCUCCAAAACUCAAGCUUCCAAUGAUCAAAGAGCCAAUUGGUUCUGCGAAUGAAUCUUUCAAAAAAAAUCGCAAUAAUGAAAACAAUAACGGUAUUAUUAGUUUCAACGAUGAAGAUAACACUCAUAAGACAGGAAAUCAUAUUUUGCUGAGAGAUUCGGACUCUGAUGCACUUGAUAUUUUAAACCAUAACAGAGUAGAGGAGUAUAAAAGUGUUUUAAUGAGAAUAUUGAAACAAGAGUCGAGUCUUGAUGUACUGGACUUGCUUAAUAGAGCAAUUGAGAUUUUGCAGGCGCGAAGACCCGUUUAUGUUACUCAACUUAACGAAUGUUUAGAAAAUUUGAUUGAGCAAGAAUUUUUAGCUCGAAGUGGUUCCAACAUUCAAUACCUUCAUUGA